UUAUUGGUGGUGAAUUGAAUAUCAAUAAAUCCUCCGCACAAAAUUAGUGCUACACGAAAAUCAGCAUUGCAUUUUCUCUCCUGCUGUUCUUGUGGCAGCAAAAGCUGUAGCUAAUCCUGAGAAGAGGAUUAUGGCUCUUCUCUACUCAUCCCCCUCUAUGCUAGUGAGCAAGAGAUUCCCACCUCCUGUCUCCCCCUCUACUUGCAAAAGAAGUUCAAGAACAAAUUCCAGUAUUAAGGCCUUCUUCAAUCCCUUUGAGGAUCAGCCAAUCCUCAAGGAUGCCAUCAAGGAGCCUGUAGCCUUCAUGGGUGGAGUGUUUGCUGGCCUCUUGAGGCUUGAUUUGAAUGAGGAUCCCCUCAGGGAGUGGAUUACGAAGACGGUCGAAGCAUCGGGGUUGUCCGCCGAGGAGUUGGAGAGGACCCAGGAGUCGGGGAUUGGAGAGGAGGAAGAUGAAGGGCCGCAACAGAUUGAGAUCGAGUGACCAAGCUGGUUUUCUUAGAAAGAAAUCCAUCCGAUAGAAAAGCACACAUUAGCUUUAUUUUUCAAUGGAAAGUCUGAGAGUAGAACUCCUGAAAUAUACAUGGAAGUAAGAAACUCAAUCAUGAGGAUGCCCGACUCUGGACCAGUGGAUCAAUAUCAGGCAAUUUUGGAAUCUGUACACAAAAUCAUACCCACAUAUAGAGAUUUUAUUUUUUUUAUUGUUCUAUAGGAUGAAAGGUAACCGUGGAGGAA